CAUCUACUUUCCCUAACUAGUUGCAUUCGAGAUUCCAUUAUUUCAUCAGAUAGACGAUAUGGCUAGUACUUCCCGCGUCGGGCCAGGUUCUAAGGGUAGGUUAGGUAUUUAUCUCAUUUCCCUUUGUUCUUUUUUCUAUUUGGGUAGAUGCACUUUCCCCCUCCUCCUCCUCCUCCUCCCAAUUUAAUAAGUACCUUCUGUCUUGUCUGUCUGUCUGUCUUCAAACCGUGACUCCUACUUAUGAUUCACAAUUGAUCAAUUCCAAUACUACUUACCACCUACCCAUGAUACAUACAUACGCAUCCCACCCCCAAAGACAAUAAUCCAGACGAACUAACCAACUAACACCACACCCCCCAAUGUCUCUCUCAGCAUCAGCAUCACCAACAACUACCUCCGAACUCCAAUCCUCCCUCCGCGAACUCUCCCUCGCCAAUAAAAGUCCCAUAAAAGACAUCCCGCGACCAACACCCCCCACCUCCGCCCCUCACCACCAAAAGCCCAAGAAAAAGAAAGAUCCCGCCCCAAUCGCCGACUCCUGGGAAGAUGAAGUAGACUCGACCGCCUCCGCCUCCGCCUCCGAUCUCGAAGGAGGAGCAGGGGCUGGAAAAUCGCUGACAAGUUCACCCGCCUUAUCGCCUUCUGUCCGAUGCGCAGAAGGACCUCUCGAUCCUCCACCCACGCCUAUCUCGCCGCAGACGACGGCAUCGCAGCAGCCAUGGCCUGCGUAUGGGAAUGCGCCGCCGCGGGCGAGGUCUCCGGCGCAGGGGCCGGCGAGACGUCCCGAGAAGCAGACGGCUGUGGCGGGGAGAAUGAUUGCAGGGGCGUUGGGGAUUCGGGCGCCGAAGCGCACGGAAGAGCAGAGGAAGUAUGAUCGGGCGGUGAAGGAGCAGGAGAUUAAGAGGAGGAAUAGAGAGAAGGAGGAGAGGGAGAGGGAGAGAGAGGAGGAGGAGAAGGCUAAGAUGGCCGUUUGGGAUAUGUGAGUUAUCUCUUGGGAUUGGUUGGGUUUGGGGGUUGGGGUUGUAUAUGGGUUCGGGGGUAUACAUAUAUAUGUCUCUCUUUUUACUGAUAGGAGAGUUGUUCGGGGUCUUGCUUGUCUUUUCCUCUUAUCUUUAUUUCUAUUUUAUUUCUGCUUGAUAGGGCUGGCUGGGGGUUGUCGAGUUCCUUUUCUACAGGGUUGUCCAAAAUAUACGGGACUGUAAUAUAUAGUCUUUCGGGGGUCUUUCGAUGGUCUCGGUAACCGAUACAGGUAAUGCAAACAG